AUGGUCCCAGGGACAACUUACGAGCGAAUUGACAUGGAUAUGGACUCGACAAGAGCUGACGUUGGCCUUCCCAAUGUCGGCGACGUCGAAGGUAUGAUCCUCGCCGUGCAUGGAUUUCGACCGCUCCAAUACCUUUGUCUGCGCGGAUUGCGCAGCUUCGCCUCGUUGGCUCGGAUCAUCGCUCACCACGGCCCCACGCUCAAAGGUUUGGGCGUCGAAGCCGGGGAGACACAGCAUGAGUAUCCAGACACUGCGGAUGGGAAGUACCCCGUCACCAAGGAGCGGGAGUGGCAUCAAUGGUGCGACGCGAGACUGCAGGAGGCGGAAUUUCGGCAUCAUCGGUCUCCGCAGCAGGUACAUCAGCAGAAUCAGGAAUUGAUAGCAAGAUUGGUUGAGCUUGGGGUGAAAGGGGCGACGACGGACGCUGCGUUGUAUGCGACGGAGCUGAGCCGUUCGUUAAUUGUGUCUCGCUCAGAUCUCUACCCCCAUUCGGACUCCGAAGUCCGGAUCCAGGAGAUCGGACGGGCCGCGUGGCAGCUGUGGCGCGAAAUGGAAGAGGAGGUUGAUCCGAGUUCUACCCAUAUGCCGAAACAACUGCAUUUGAUUCUGAAAGAGCUGUGGCCGCUCGAUUCCGAUCGCAACCGGAGUAAGCGCUGGGACGAGAUGCCGCUGCUGGUCCAAAGCUUUCCUUUGGAGGUUGGCGGUGCUUGA